AUGAUGUUGGAUCAUGCCUAUCCAAAUCUGGUGAAAGAUGAACAGAAUGAUUUGAUGAUGUUGCAUCACAUGGAUAAUGAAACGUUAAUCAGAUUAUCCAAGUACACAAAGAAGUGGCCGGAACCAAAGAAGACAGAAUUUUUCGGGUACAUCAAAGAUGAGAAAUAUGAGGAUCCUGAUCCUGUAAGUCAUCUGAAGUGGAGGAAUGAUACUGAGAUGAAAGAAAAGAGUGCAGCUGAUGAAUUGACGAAGUUAGCAGAUUUCUGUGAAACACGUAACGAUUGGUAUACAAAAGAAGAAAAGAAGAAAAGAGAAGAAGAUGAGACAGAAGCAAAUGUUGAAAGAGAUCAAGAUCAGCUAUCUUCGGAAACUGAGCGGUUGAUAAAAGAUAUUGAUGACACUCUGGAAGCUAGGAAAUCAGCUAGUAAAAUAGUAGUUGAUGAUGAAGAAAAGGGUUUAUCUAGUUCUGAAGAUGAGGGUGAUGCUGAAGUUGAUAAAUGGAUCAAAGAAAACUACGAUCCAAGAGAUAGAGAGAAACAAAACAAAAGAAAGAGGAGUGCGGAUGAUGAUGAUGAAACGUAUGUUCCACCACCAGAAAAUGUUCAGGGUGUACAAACACCAUCUUCUAGAGAGAGUACAGUUCUUGAAAAGGUUGAUGAUUUUAGCUUUGUCAAUGAUGAUCUUGUGAAAGAGUUGCAAAAGAAGGGGGAUGAGGUAUUAAUUGAGAAAAAGAAGUUAGAGGAACGUGUCAAGUCUGUAGAAUCUGAGAAUUCAUCGUUGUUGAAAAAGAUUGAAGCUGAUCAAUCCGACAUUGAUAUUCUGGAAGUUCGAAUAGCAGAAUUGGAAGAAGAAAAGGCUCGAAGGGAUGAGCAGAAUAAGUACUUCAAAUUGAAAAAUAAAGAAUUAGAAGCCAAUAAUGCUAAAAAAGAACAUGAAGCGUAUAUGAUGAAGAAAGUGUUGGAAAAUUUGAUUGGUAAGCCGAUUGAACAAAGGUUUGAAGAGAUAGAAGUUGAGGAAGUUAGGGCACGACGUGAAGCUGAAAUAGAAGCUGGAAUGAAAGAUAAGGGUAAAGGUGUUCCAGUUGAAGAUGUUGCUCAAGUGACAGAAAAGGAGAUUGUUGUGUCCGAGCCGACAAAAGUUCUAGAUCCUUGUCCGAUAAGUUCUGUUGAUGAUGAUGAUAAUGGAAAUGAUGAUGAUGAUCAAGGUACUUCGGGUAUUAAAGUCACUGAAGCGUCUCAAGAAGAGAAGAUUGAUGAAUAUCUUCAUGAUGAUGCAAACGAAGAACCUGAGAAUGCAAGUGGAAAGGGGGAGCAUGGUGAUGCUGAGAAAGAUGAUGAGAAUGUUGAUAAGAGUACAAGAUUGAUUCUACAUCUUGAACAUGAUGUAGAAGAAGGAGAGAUCUUGCAUACUUAUACAAGAGCUGAGAUUGUUAAAAUGAUGGUUAUUGAAGACAGUGAGUUUAACUUCGAUUUUGAGGAGGAGUUGAACAAGUUUGAUAUAAAUCAGCAACCAGAAUAUCAGUACAAAUACGUUGAAGAUGCUGAUAACUAUGACAAAGUGGAAGUGGAAGACUAG